GGCGGCGAACGGGCUUCAGAUGCUUCUGGGUCGCGGUGGGGAAAGCUAGUCAGUUGGAGUGUGAGAGCUUGGGAGCCGAGCGCUAGAGCGACCCGACGAGGGAUGGCGGCCCCCGGGACCGCGGCCGCCGCGGCCACGGGCAGACUCCUGGUCCUGCUGCUGCUCGGGCUCACAGCGCCCGCUGCGGCGCUGGCCGGCUACAUCGAGGCUCUUGCAGCCAAUGCUGGAACAGGAUUUGCUGUCGCUGAGCCUCAAAUUGCAAUGUUUUGUGGGAAGUUAAAUAUGCAUGUGAACAUUCAGACUGGGAAAUGGGAACCGGACCCAACAGGCACUAAGAGCUGCUUUGGAACAAAAGAAGAAGUUCUUCAGUACUGUCAGGAGAUGUACCCCGAGCUCCAGAUCACAAAUGUGAUGGAGGCAAACCAGCCAGUCAGUGUGGACAAUUGGUGCCGGAGGGACAGAAAGCAGUGCAGGAGUCACAUUGUGAUCCCGUUCAAGUGUCUUGUGGGUGAAUUUGUAAGUGAUGUUCUGCUAGUUCCAGAAAAGUGCCAGUUUUUCCACAAAGAGCGGAUGGAGGUGUGUGAGAAUCACCAGCAUUGGCACGCUGUAGUCAAAGAGGCCUGUCUGACUCAGGGAAUGACCUUAUAUAGCUACGGCAUGCUGCUGCCCUGUGGGGUAGACCAGUUCCACGGCACUGAAUAUGUGUGCUGCCCUCAGACAAAGAUCAUUGAAUCUACUGUGUCAAAAGAAGACGAGGAAGAUGAGGAGGAGGAGGAGGGGGAGGAUGAAGAGGAAGACUAUGAUAUUUAUAAAAGUGAAUUUCCUACCGAAGCAGAUUUGGAAGACUUCACAGAGGCAGCUGUGGAUGUGGAUGACGAGGAUGAGGAAGAAGGGGAGGAAGUGGUGGAAGAUCGUGAUUACUACUACGACACCUUUAAAGGAGAUGACUACAACGAGGAGAACCCAACUGAACCCAGCAGUGAUGGGACUAUUUCAGAAAAGGAAAUUACUCACGAUGUUAAAGCUGUCUGCUCCCAGGAGGCGAUGACGGGGCCCUGCCGGGCCGUGAUGCCUCGUUGGUACUUCGACCUCUCCAAGGGAAAGUGCGUGCGCUUUAUAUAUGGCGGCUGCGGAGGCAACAGGAACAAUUUUGAGUCUGAGGAUUAUUGUAUGGCUGUGUGUAAAACGAUGAUUCCCCCAACUCCUCUGCCAACCAAUGAUGUCGAUGUGUAUUUCGAGACCUCUGCUGAUGAUAAUGAGCAUGCUCGCUUCCAGAAGGCCAAGGAACAGCUGGAAAUUCGGCACCGCAACCGGAUGGACAGGGUAAAGAAGGAGUGGGAAGAGGCCGAACUUCAGGCGAAGAACCUCCCGAAAGCAGAGAGGCAGACUCUCAUUCAGCACUUCCAAGCUAUGGUCAAAGCUUUGGAGAAGGAAGCAGCCAGUGAGAAGCAGCAGCUGGUGGAAACCCACCUGGCUCGAGUGGAGGCGAUGCUGAACGACCGCCGCCGGAUGGCUCUGGAGAACUACCUGGCGGCCUUGCAGUCUGACCCACCGCGGCCUCAUCGCAUCCUCCAGGCUUUGCGGCGUUAUGUCCGUGCUGAGAACAAGAAUCGCCUGCAUACCAUCCGCCAUUACCAGCACGUGUUGGCUGUCGACCCAGAGAAGGCGGCCCAGAUGAAAUCCCAGGUGAUGACACAUCUCCAUGUGAUUGAGGAAAGAAGGAACCAGAGCCUCUCCCUGCUCUACAAAGUACCUUAUGUAGCCCAAGAGAUCCAAGAGGAGAUUGAUGAGCUACUUCAAGAACAGCGUGCAGACAUGGACCAGUUCACUGCCUCGCUUUCAGAGACGCCCGUGGACGUCCGGGUGAGCUCUGAAGAGAGUGACGAGAUCCCGCCGUUCCGCCCCUUCCAUCCCUUCCCAUCCCUCCCCGGGGAUGAAG